GACAGCCUUUCCAACAUGGCAGCGCCAAGCAACGAAGAGCAAACGCAGUUGCAAGAUAUGGAGGAGGAAGAGGCGGGGAUGGAGGAAAGGGAGAUGGAAUCGGACGAAGAGGAGGGUAUGGGUGUAGAAAAUUCAGAAGACGAAGAGGACGACUCGUCGGAGGAUGACAAGGAAAAUGAAGCCGAAAUCCAGCGAUUGGAGGAGCAGCUUUCGAUCAACGCCUUUGACUACAACUGUCAUGUGGACCUUAUCAAACUCCUCAAGCAGGAAGGAGAACUUUGCCGCCUGCGAAAGGCAAGACAGAAGAUGAGUGAACUUUUCCCUCUAACUGAAGAGAUCUGGCUUGACUGGCUCAAGGAUGAGAUCCGCCUGACUGAGGAGGAUUCAAACCGAGAGAAAGUGUAUGAGCUGUUUGAGAGAGCUGUGAAAGACUACAUCUGCCCAGAUAUUUGGCUCGAAUAUGCCCAGUACUCAAUUGGUGGCAUGGGGUCACCAGGGGGAAUAGACAAGGUGAGGUCCAUCUUUGAGAGAGCGGUGACAGCAGUGGGGCUUCACAUGACCAAGGGACACACGCUGUGGGAGGCAUACAGAGAGUUUGAAAACGCGGUUUUGUCCACAGUGCAGCCUCCCCCUGGCAGGAUUCCCAGCCGUGAGGAGCAGAAGCUGCUCAGCGCUCAGCUUGAGCGAAUUCAUACACUGUUCCGCCGCCAGCUGGCCGUUCCCUUAAUGGACAUGGAAACUACCUAUGCGGAGUAUGAGGAGUGGUCAGAAAACGGAGUCCCUGAGACGGUCAUCCAUCUGUACAGAAAGGCUUUGCAGCAGAACCAAAAGUGCAAAUCUCAUGAAGAGGCCCUGCUGGUAGCUGAACCUCCCAAACUGGGCGAAUAUCAAGCCUACAUUGACUUUGAACUCAAGGAGGGCGACCCACCACGCAUCCAGAUAAUGUUUGAACGAGCUUUGGCUGAGAACUGCCUGGUACCAGACAUGUGGACCAAAUAUACCACAUAUCUUGACCGCCAGUUGAAGAUCAAAGACCUGGUCCUCUCCACUCAUGAACGAGCUGUCAGGAACUGCCCCUGGACCAUGAGUCUGUGGAAGAGCUACCUACAGGCUCUGGAAAGGCAUGGGGCCGACCACCAGAGUGUGUCAGAUGUUUUUGAAAAGGCGCUAAAUGCGGGUUUCAUUCAAGCGACAGAUUAUGUAGAAAUAUGGCAGGCAUACCUCGACUACCUGAGGAGACGUGUGGACUUCAGUAAAGAAUCCAGUAAAGAGUUAGAAGAGCUACGCACUGCCUUCUCUCGGUCUCUAGACUACCUGAAACAAGACGUUGAACAACGGUUUGGUGAAAGUGGAGAUCCUUCUUGCGCCAUUAUGCAGAUUUGGGCUCGGAUUGAGGCCCACCACUGUAAGAACAUGCAGAAAGCAAGAGAACUGUGGGAUACUAUCAUGACUAAAGGGAACGCCAAAUAUGCCAACAUGUGGUUGGAAUACUAUAGCCUUGAAAGAGCUUAUGGGGACAUGACUCACUGUAGAAAGGCUCUCCACAGAGCUGUUCAGUGCACCUCAGACUACCCAGAACACGUUUGUGAAGUCCUGCUCACCUUUGAGAGGGUAGAAGGUACAUUGGAGGACUGGGACACAGCAGUACAAAAGACAGAGACGAGGUUGAACAGAAUAAAUGAGCAGCGAGCAAAGGCGGCAGAGAAACAAACCAACAUGGUACGUCACGAGGAGGAGAAAAUGGAGCAACGGCGGAAGGCCAAGACAGAAAAGAAGGCCAUCAAGAAAGCCCAGAAGGCAACUCGAGGUGGAGAGAAGAGAAAAGCAGAGCAAGAUGAUUAUCAGGAGGACUGGAAUGAGGAAUCUGCUCCAAAAAGGCAGAAAGGGAACAGUGACAACAACACAGACGAGUACAUGGAGACUGAGACUGGACUCUUUGGGAGGAAUGCUCCUCCUGGAAAUAGGCCUGCUUCUGGUAGAGCUAAAAAUGCCCAGCAGGGGGCGACAGUUGCUCUCCAAAGGCAGAACGACGACAACAAACCUGAGCUGCGAGAUGACAACUGCAGCGUGUUUAUCAGCAACCUGGCGUACACCCUGGAGGACCCAGAGGCCAAGCUAAAGACGCUGUUUGAUGGCUGCGGUCCCAUCCGACAGGUUCGGCUGGUCACCGGGAACAGGGGGAACUUCCGAGGUUACGGAUACGUGCAGUUUGAAUCUGUGGUGUCAGUGCCUGAAGCCCUGAAGCUAGACAGAAAGGAGGUGGAGGGCAGGCCCAUGUUUGUGUCACCCUGUGUUGACAAAAACAAAAAUCCUGAGUUUAAGGUGUUUAGGUACAACACAUUGAUGGAGAAACACAAAAUCUUCAUCUCUGGGUUGCCGUUCUCAUGCACUAAAGAGCAACUGGAUGAGAUCUGCAAAAAUCACGGCACCAUCAAAGAUGUUCGUCUCGUCACGUAUCGCUCAGGGAAACCUAAGGGUCUGGCAUAUGUUGAGUUUGCAAAUGAAAUGCAGGCGUCCCAGGCAGUGCUAAAACUAGACGGCAUUGAUGUGGAGGGCAACAAAAUCUCUGUUGCCAUAAGCAACCCUCCUCGCAGGAACCUUAUGGAUAAGCCUGGUUCCAGCAGGCCCACUGGAGACAUGAUGGCUCGUCAGGUCUACGGAUCGAGAGGGAGAGGACGCACUCAGCUUUCUUUGCUCCCCCGAUCUUUGCACCGUCAAUCAGCACCUCCAGGCAAAGUGGAGAACGGGACCACAGCCGAGCAAGCACCGCCAUCAACGGGCAGCACAGCAGCCAAUGCGGCCGGAGAGCCGAGGUCUUUGUCAAAUUCAGACUUUGCAAAGAUGCUUCUCAAUAAGUGACCGAAGACGAGGGGAAUUUGUGAACUAAUUCAAACUGAAAGCCAUCCUGUGUCCUUACAAAUUGGUGUUGGUGAUUUCUGCUGUAAUUGGUUACCUGACAGUCCCUUUAAUGUCACUCACCUUCCUCAUCCGUUCUGCAAGAUUGCCUUAACCGUCAUGCUCCUGCCCUCCAUCGCAAACCCAAACAAGCAGGAUAUUUUUUUUUCUGGUGUGACAGAGUUUGUGUUAAGUGCGAGUGCCAGCCUGGUUUAUAUAUAAAUAUAUAAAGUGUAUCAUAUUUGUGUGUAAAUAUGUGAAGCUGUUGAGGUUUCUGCUUUUGCUGUGUACUGUUGAAGGGAUCUGUCAGAUGAUUAUUUGAGAGUAUUUUUUAAACAUUCGAAAUAGCUGAACUUGUAUUGACUCAAAAGAAGAAAAGUAUAUGCAAAGGUUCUGACAUAGUGUAAUAUAGCGUGCGCGUGUGUGUGUCUGUGUGUGUGUGUGUACAUAGUGAGGGCGUGACUUAUGUGAAUACAUUUUUUUUUUUUUCACGGUUACAUGAUUUUAUCGGUCAGUUUUAGGUUAUUAUGGAGUACACCUAAUUGAUUCAUCAAAUUAAUACAUAUUAACAUUUUUUUGUCGUAUGCUUUCAGGUUUAUUGCCUUAUCUCAAUUAUCACAUGCGCUGAAGAACAGAGCGUCUGCCACCAGGUCUGUUGCGUUUUUGAAACCUAGGCUCGAUGUUUGUUUAUGGCGCCAAAGCGGCUUUAUCUGGGAUGAACUGGAUUUCCUCCAAGCUGUGAAGUUUAAGGCUGCUGGGAUGUUUUUGGUGUUUUAAGAAAUGUGCUCAGUGAGAGGAUCAACGGCACACUGAUGGGUUUUUGUUGGGUUUUUUUAGGCCAACUCUGGAGCUUUAAGAGUCUGUAGACAUUACCUGUAAAAACAUCAACACAUUUUAUUUUAAGAGUGUAAACUUGUGGAGUUUUCUCAAGUCGAGUCUUUUUCUUUAAUCGAUUUAAAAAAAAAGAUUCUUAAGAGAAAUGGGUUGAAAGAAAAAUUGUGAAUUUAGCUCAGUUGCGGUUUGUUUGCAAGUAGCUUUGAAGGGAAAAUAUGAAGACAAAAUUGAUAUUUAGCUCUGGGUUUUUCUUCAGAGGUUCGUUUUAAUCCUUCUCAGUCGUGUGAAACAAUACGUUCGGUACCGUGGAAAACAAAACGACGGCUGUCACCUCACACACAUGUAGGCCUGUGGAGAAUCUAUGCAGUUUUUCCAUGUCGGGGUGAAGAGGUAGGGUUCUUGUACAUACUGUUCAGUAAGCAAAUUUCAGAAAGAUCUCCUUAGUUUGUAAUAAAAACAGAUUUACAUUUUCAGAUGGGGAUGUAUUGCUCUCACCACAGUGCCCUAAGUCUACAGCGAAUUAAGUAAAUACAUGUCUGAAGUCAUCUUGUUUUCAUGUCCUGUACUAAAUGGUUGUAUUGUGAUUUUUGCUGUUUUGUAUAAUUUCUAAAGUUAAUGUUUUAAAUUUGGAGGAUCUGAAAAGAAUAAAAGGCUUUCAGAAUCGGUCUUUA